CGACGGGAGGUGGCAGGGAUACGUGCUUGCACGUAUGUCUCGCCCCUUACGCACUAUCUUCACUCACUUGCGAAAUCUGUGAUAAGACGAAGCUUUUGCUUCAAAAGAGGUCCUGAACACAUAUAGGACACAUUUGCUUUUGAUUGUCGUUUUCCCCGUUUAAAAAUUCGUCGAUGUUGGCAAAUGUUGUUUUUCGCGUUUCGAUUUUAUGUUGUAUGUCCAUUAUCAUAAUUGAACUUCACUGUUUAUGCAAAAUCACAUUGACAACCCAUGCGCACAAUUUCUUUUAACAUGUUUGUUAUGAUCCGUCCCAUUGUUUUAUGAUUUUAUUUUUAUCCACAACACACAUCUCCGAUUCUCAUAUACAAUGACUCGUAAGCGACGAGCAAAGGCUGAAGCCAAUUAUUAUCCAAUCAAUUGGCAGCCGUCGACGUACGAUGCGGACGAGUCGGACUUAGAGGAAUGGUUUGAAAUGCCUCGUCCGUUGCUCUCGACGCAUCCUAACUACCCGCUAGAGGAGUUAGAGCUGGACCUCGAAGAGACUUUGCAUACCAUACGGGAGCAAAGGACUUCGGGGGUGAUGAUGCCAGCAGACGUCAUAAAAAUUAAAAGAAUCAUUUACGUGUUUAUGCGUGACAUGAACAUCGUCACAUGCGAUGUAAAUUCUCGCUAUUUGCCCCCCAGCGCGACAUGCGAAUACAGGGCGCCGGAAUCAGAACCAGAGGAAGAGAUCGAGUUGAUCAUACCUAGUUCCGAUUCCGAUGAUAAUGAAAUGUCCUUCAGCGAGCCCGAAUCUGAUUCGGAAGACCUGCUUCAGGUAGUAAAGGGUACGAAAAGGAGCCCAGUGUCACGCUACUCUUCUGGUUAUUUCACUCCCGAUUUUGACACCAGUAAGUCGGUGCUUCAAUCUUCUAAAAUUCCCCGAGACUUACCUGGUGAAGCUUUCCAUUCUUCAAAUUCACAAACUUCGAACCCCGAAUCCCUACGAAAGCAGACCCGAUCGUUCAAGAUCCGGAAAAAGGCCAACCUAAAUCUUCGAGCGGAACCUACGGCCAAAGAACUGUGCAGCGAACCUACUUCGAUAUUGGAAACCUACUCUUCAACGAAAAAUCCCAGUUCCGGACGCACACCUGGAACCUUGCCUGGAACCCACCAGAAAAGAUUUUCAUUCAAUAGAAAGAAGAUAAAACAACUCCGAAUUAAAUUUUUAUAAAUCAUUUAUUUAUCUUUUCUUUUUAAAUUCCACUUUUCGGCAGUUUGCCGGUGAUCCAACGGUGCGCGGGAAUAACGAGUUGUGUCCCCGAUCGUCUGAUGGUGAACACCGCUGAAAGUGGAUCUGGAAAGAAAGAGAAACCAAGAAUGUUAACAAUUUAAUUACAUCGAAGGACUAUGGAAUUGUUAGUCGAUUGUGUUAGUUGUUGUGAGAAUCGUUAGCUGUUAGUCAUAGAUUAGUCGGACCGACGGAUGAAAGACUCCGAUCGGUCGUAACGAAAGGCUAGCAUGCGUGGAAAUUAGAUCCAACUUACCUUGAUUUAAUUACGGGGAUCCUGAUCAACACUGGCAGGCGCGGAGGAGGAUGUGAGGGGUAACCAGAAACAACCCUCGUCUUCUCCACCUGCGGAGAUGUUGGGAGAGGAUCGCCCAAUUUGCGAUUUUUGGCCAAAUCUAUAAGUAAAUUUCAAUCACGCUGAGAUGAUUGAUAAUUUUAUUGUGUACACUGUUUACUUACCUGAUUACGUUUUGCAGCGCCAAGACGUCAUCACGGUGUCCCGG